GUCAGCGAGCACUCAACUUCUUCUGGUGAAGUGGGUUUACUUCGACUUGAAGGAAGGAAAAAAUGUCUCCACUUCUGAAAAGCAUCUUCGAUAUCACUGAAAUUUACAAUCAAUAUGCCUCACAUGAUUGUGAUGGGGCAGCACUGAGCAAGAAAGACCUGAAGAACCUCCUUGAAAGGGAAUUUGGAGACGUUCUUCGGAGACCACAUGACCCCGAGACGGUAGAUGUGAUCCUGGAACUUCUGGAUCGCGACAGUAACGGGCUUGUUGACUUCAAUGAAUUCCUCCUGUUCGUUUUCAAGGUGGCUCAAGCUUGUUAUUAUGCUCUCAGUCAGGCUGCAGGUCUAGACGAGGAGAAGCGAGCACAGUGUGAGGGAAAGGGAAAACUGUUACAAGAUCGCAGGCAAGACGACCAAAGGGACAGAAAACUGGAAGAAGAGCCUGGGCAACGACGCAGGCAGAAGAGGCAGGAACAGGGCAGGGAGCUCGCUGAGGAAGAGGAGCAGAGGGAGAAGCAAGAGAGACGUGAGCAGCGCGACAGGCAGCGCCGCGAGGAGCAGCGGCUGCAAAGGCGAGAACAGCAAGAACUGGAAGAGCGCCUUGCAGAGGAAGAGCAGCUGCAGAGGCGCAAGGGCCGCGAGGUUGAGGAGUUUUAUGACGAAGACCAAGAGCAAAGGCGAUACCGGCGGGAGCUGAACAGGGAGCUCCAGGAGGAAGAGCAGCAACUUCAAAGGCAGAAGCGCGAGCAGCAGUUGAGUAGACAGCAGGAGGAGGAGACGCGCGAGCAGCUGCUGAGGCGCGAACAAGAGGAAGAGAGGCGCGAGCAGCUGCUGAGGCGAGAGCAGGAGGAGGAGAGGCGCGAGCAGCUGCUGAGGCGAGAGCAGGAGGAGGAGAGGCGCGAGCAGCUGCUGAGGCGAGAGCAGGAGGAGGAGAGGCGCGAGCAGCUGCUGAAGCGAGAGCAGGAGGAGGAGAGGCGCGAGCAGCUGCUGAGGCGAGAGCAGGAGGAGGAGAGGCGCGAGCAGCUGUUGAGGCGAGAGCAAGAGGAGGAGAGGCGCGAGCAGCAGCUAAGGCGAGAGGAGGAGAGGCGCGAGCAGCAGCUGAGGCGAGAGCAGGAGGAAAGGAGCGAGCAGCUGCUGAGGCUAGAGGAGAGGCGCGAGCAGCAGCUGAGGCGAGAGCAGGAGGAGAGGCGCGAGCAGCUGCUGAGGCUAGAGGAGGAGAGGCGCGAGCAGCAGCUGAGGCGUGAACAAGAGGAAGAAAGACGAGAGCAGCUGCUGAGGCGUGAACAAGAAGAAAAGCGCGAGCAGCUGCUGAGGCGUGAACAAGAGGAAGAAAGGCGAGAGCAGCAGCUGAGGCGAGAGCAGGAGUUGAGGCGCGAACAGGAAGAAGAAAGACGGGAGGAGAAGAGGCACGAGCAGCAGGAGGAGAAACGCAAGCAGCUGCUGAGACGCGAAGAGGAAGAGAGGCGCGAGCAGCAGCUGAGACGCGAACGACAGGAGGAGAGGCGCACGCAGCUGCUGAGGCGCGAACAAGAAGAGAGGCACGAGCAGGAACAGGCCCGAGAGCGGGGCGAGAGCCAAACCCCAAGGUGGCAGUGGCAGCUAGAAAGCGAGGCCGAUGCACGUCAGAGCAAAGUCUACUCGAGGCCCCGCAGGCAGGAGGAGCAGAGGCGGCGCCAGGAGCGUGAGCUGCAACUGCGGGAGGAGGAGGAGGAGCAGAGGCGGCGCCAGGAGCGUGAGCUGCAACUGCGGGAGGAGGAGGAGGAGCAGAGGCGGCGCCAGGAGCGUGAGCUGCAACUGCGGGAGGAGGAGGAGGAGCAGAGGCGGCGCCAGGAGCGUGAGCUGCAACUGCGGGAGGAGGAGGAGGAGCAGAGGCGGCGCCAGGAGCGUGAGCUGCAACUGCGGGAGCAAGAGGAGCAGCGCCGCGACUUCAAAUGGCAGUGGCAGGCGGAGGAAGAGAGAGAGAGGCGCCGUCAGAGGCUGUGUGCCAGGCCCUCGUUGCGGGAGCAGCGGGAGAGGCAGCUGAGGGCGGAGGAGCGCCUGGAGCGGGAACAACGGUUCUGCGAGGAGGAAAAGCAGCGCGACCAGCGGCGCGAGAGGGAGCGGGAGCUGCAGUUCCUCGAGGAGCAGCAGCAGCUUCAGCAGCGGGAGCGCGCCCGACAGCUCCAGGAGGAGGAGGACAGCCUCCAAGAGGGUAGGGAGAAGAGGCGACGCCAGGAGGAGCAGCGCCGCGACCAAAAAUGGAGGUUGCAACUAGAGGAAGAAAGCCAGAGACGCCGCUACACGCUGUACACCAAGCCGACCCUACGGGAGCAGCUGCGGGAAAAGGAGCAGCGCCAGGAGCGCGACAGGCAGUACCUCCAGGAGGAGGAACUGCAGCAGGAGGAAGAGCAGUUGCUGAGAGAGGAAAGAGAAGAGAAAAGACGUCGUCAGGAGAGAGACAGAAAGUUCCGUGAGGAAGAAGAGCAGCUGCGCCGCCAGGAGCGCGACAGAAAGUUCCGCGAGGACGAACAGCUCCGCCAGGAAAGGGAGGAAGAGCAGCUGCGGCGCCAGGAGCGCGACAGAAAGUUCCGUGAGGAGGAAGAGCAGCUGCGCCGGCAGGAAAGGGAGGAAGAGCAGCUGCGCCGCCAGGAGCGCGACAGAAAGUUCCGUGAGGAGGAAGAGCAGCUGCGCCGCCAGAAGCGCGACAGAAAAUUCCGUGAGGAACCACAGCUCCGCCAGGAAAGGGAGGAAGAGCAGCUGCGCCGCCAGGAACGCGACAGAAAGUUCCGUGAGGAAGAAGAGCAGCUGCGCCGCCAGGAAAGGGAGGAAGAGCAGCUGCGCCGCCAGGAGCGCGACAGAAAAUUCCGUGAGGAACCACAGCUCCGCCAGGAAAGGGAGGAAGAGCAGCUGCGCCGCAAGGAGCGCGACAGAAAGUUCCGUGAGGAGGAAGAGCAGCUGCGCCGGCAGGAAAGGGAGGAAGAGCAGCUGCGCCGCCAGGAGCGCGACAGAAAGUUCCGUGAGGAGGAAGAGCAGCUGCGCCGCCAGGAACGCGAGAGAAAGUUCCGUGAGGAGGAAGAGCAGCUGCGCCGGCAGGAAAGGGAGGAAGAGCAGCUGCGCCGGCAGGAAAGGGAGGAAGAGCAGCUGCGCCGCCAGGAGCGCGACAGAAAGUUCCGUGAGGAAGAAGAGCAGCUGCGCCGCCAGGAAAGGGAGGAAGAGCAGCUGCGCCGCCAGGAGCGCGACAGAAAGUUCCGUGAGGAGGAAGAGCAGCUGCGCCGCCAGGAGCGCGACAGAAAAUUCCGUGAGGAACCACAGCUCCGCCAGGAAAGGGAGGAAGAGCAGCUGCGCCGGCAAGAAAGGGAGGAAGAGCAGCUGCGCCGCCAGGAGCGCGACAGAAAAUUCGGUGAGGAGGAAGAGCAGCUGCGCCGCCAGGAGCGCGACAGAAAAUUCCGCGAGGAACAACAGCUCCGCCAGGAAAGGGAGGAAGAGCAGCUGCGCCGCCAGGAGCGCGACAGAAAGUUCCGUGAGGAGGAAGAGCAGCUGCGCCGGCAGGAGCGCGACAGAAAAUUCCGCGAGGAACAACAGCUCCGCCAGGAAAGGGAGGAAGAGCAGCUGCGCCGCCAGGAACGCGACAGAAAGUUCCGUGAGGAAGAAGAGCAGCUGCGCCGCCAGGAAAGGGAGGAAGAGCAGCUGCGCCGCCAGGAGCGCGACAGAAAGUUACGUGAGGAAGCACAGCUCCGCCAGGAGAGGGAGGAAGAACAGCUGCGCCGCCAGGAGCGCGACAGAAAAUUCCGCGAGGAACAACAGCUCCGCCAGGAGAGGGAGGAAGAGCAGCUGCGCCGCCAGGAGAGGGAGGAAGAGCAGCUGCGUCGCUGGGAGCGCGACGGAAAGUUCCGCGAGGACGAACAGCAGUUGCGCCGCCAGGAACGUGAGCAACAGCUUCGGCGAGAGCGGGACAGAAAGUUCCGUGAAGAACAACAGCUCCGCCGGGAAAGGGAGGAAGAGCAGCUGCGCCGCAAGGAGCGCGACAGAAAGUUCCGCGAAGAAGAGCAGCUGCAGUUGGAGGAGCAGGAAGAACAGAGACGUCGGCAAGAGCGGGAGAGGAAAUUCCGGGAGGAAGAACAGCUCCGCCGCCAGCAGGAGGAAGAGCAGAGGCGCCGCCAGCUCCGGGAGAGACAGUUCCGAGAAGAUAAGGGCCGUCGACAAGUUCUGGAGCCGAGCACGCGUCAGUUUGCUCACGUCCCAGUGCGCUCCAGUCCUCUCUAUGAGUACAUCCAAGAGCAGAGAUCUCAAUACCGUUCUUAAGAGAUGCUGCUGAUAUCCUGACAUCUGCCAAAGCUUCGAGCAAAUAAAAAAGAAACACUGGGUAGCAAGAGAUAACUUAAAUGUUUCUGGUUGUGGGAAACUCUCUGAUGUUAGAAAGUGUCUUCUCUUCCAAAAUCUUAAACUACAUUCAUUUCAUGUACUUUGUACUCUGCUUUUUAUUCUUCCUCCAGUAAUUCUUUACUGCAAGAUGUCUUUGCUCUUUGGUGCAGAUAUGUGCAUUUUUUAAAACAUAUAAAUCAUCUAAUUAACCUAAGGAAUUUUGUUUGAGGAAUACAUUAAUUUAUUGCUUUCGAAAGUAGCAAUAAUAUCACCAUAUGAGAUUCAAAAGAAUGGGUCUUUUUUUAAUGGUUGAUCCAUCUUGUGGAGAGUUUGCAUGUUUUUAAUGUUCUGAUAUUUCUGUGUGGGCCUAAAUUUCAUUAAUCUAUAUCUCCAGUAGCUUUGCAUCUUUUGUAGCAUAAUUAGCACAGAUUCUGUCAAGUGACUGAAUUUUUACAACCCUUGAAUAGUGCAGGGGAGUGACUUCUGCAGAAAAACUCCCUGUGAAAUCGGCCCAUAACUGGGAGAAAUAUCUGUUAAUAAGAUUUAGCUUGAAGACAAUUAAAUUAGGGUUUGUUUUUUUUUUAACUUAACUCCACUUAAUGAAAAUCUCAUGAAGCAACAAGGUGUUUCUGAAACAACUUCAAAACUCAAAUUUCAAAACUCUGCUGUAGUCUGUAGCGCUCAGUUCUGUUUCCCCAAGUUUUGAUGGGUUUGAGAAUAUUACUACGUUUGUUAAUUUUAGCUUAGAGUGAACCUGCUCAGGAGCCUGUAAAUAGCUAUCUUAAUAUCGGGCCAAUGUGAGAUCACAGAGAGCAGGCUGGGGGAGGGAAAGGAAAAUGUGUGAAUAGAACAGUGAGUUUCUACAGGCCCUUUGACAAGACCCAUCAGCCCACAGUUCUUUGAUGCCUAUUGAUACUACCCUGGAGACAUUCUUGAAAUUGGACUGUGUGAGAAAUUAAUAAUAAAUU